GACUGUGACUUUAGACCAUGCAACAGACAGUGCAAAAGUAAUUGGGAAAGAAACUCUAAACAUGUUCCACACAAUGAAACUCAACAUAUCAGAUAUGCGAGGGGUUGGAAUUCAGGUACAGCAGUUAGUUCCCAUCAGUAAAACCACUUCGGCUCACUCAACAGUACAAUCUGGACAUUUGCCUGGUGGAUCACAUUCAGUUAUUGAUCUUUUCCAUGUUCAGAAGGCAAAAAAGUGCUCAGAAGAAGAACAUAAGGAAGUAUUUGUGGCUGCUAUGGACCUUGAAAUAUCUUCUGAUUCAAGAACUUGCACUUUCCUCCCGCCUCGCGGCGCCCAUCUGACGUCAGGUCUCAGCUCUAAUGUGAACAGUGCUGAGCCUGCUGUCAAGUGGAACGGUGUCCACUCUCCUGUCAGUGUGAAAUCCAGGCUGAAUCUGAGCAUCGAGGUGCCAUCUGCUUCCCAGCUAGAUAAGUCCGUGCUGGAAGCUCUGCCUCCUGAUCUCCGAGAACAAGUGGAGCAAAUAUACACCAUUCAGCAAGGAGAGAGUUAUGGAGAUAGCAAAAAAGAACCAAUAAAUGGAUGUAAUACUGCACUUCUGCCACAACCAGUUGGAACAGUGCUUUUACAAAUACCAGAGUUCCAAGAACCAAAUACCAAUGUGGGAAUUAAUGUAAUAGCCUUGCCAGCUUUCUGCCAG